UGGGCAAGCAAAGGGGAAUCUCUCACUGGGGGAGGACCUGGUUCAACAGGAAGCAGAAAAACGCACUGGCCGGCAUGCUCCAAGCAGUGGCUGUGGUCCACAGGGGCCUGUUUCACUCUUGUGCUGGACUCUCUGUGUGGAUGAGCAGCACUGGGAUAAACCCAAAGGGUCUCCUGGCCAAUAGGGUAGCUGUGGUCACAGGAUCCACUGAAGGGAUCGGCUUCGCCAUCGCGAGGUGCCUGGACCAGGACAGGGCCCACGUGGUUGUCAGCAGCUGGAAGCAGCAGAACGUGGACCUGGCAGUGGCCACGCUGCAGGGGGAGGGGCUGAGUGUGACAGGCACCGUGUGCCAUGUGCGGAAGGCCGAGGACCGGGAGCAGCUGGUAGCCAAGGUCCUGGAGCACCAUGGGGGCCUUGACUUUUUGGUGUGCCAUGCAGCCGUCGACAUCCUGGUGGGAGGCACCCUGAAGGCCAGUGAGGAGGUGUGGGACAAGGAUGCGGGCGGUCGUCCUCGUCUCCUCCAUUGCAGCCUAUGUACCACAGGCAAAACUGGGUGACUACAAUAUCAGUAAGAUGGCCAUGCUGGGCCUCACCAGGACGCUGUCAUUGGAGCUGGCCCUCAAGGGCAUCUGGGUGAACUGCCUGGUGCCAGGAGUAAUUGAGACCAGAUUCAGCCAAGUGGUGAGGA